AUGCCUUUCUCAUCCAAACUCUCACUGGGCGUGCUGCUCUCGCUCACCUUGGCCAGCGCCAGCCAACAAGUUGUAGCCGCGGCCGUAUUGCCACCGCCGGUCGUCAGCCCGGUCUACCUCUACUCGGACGACUCCUUCGUCGAGAACCUGCACGUGCUCCCCUCGGGCAGCAUCAUCUUCACCGAAGUCACGUCCAACACGCUCAAGUCCAUCGACCCGGGCGCGCGCAGCCCAGUGCCCAACGACGUCAUCUCGCUCCCCGCCGUCACCAGCCAGCUGGGCAUCACGCCCGUCGGCCCUAACGCGUUCGCCGUCGCGGGCGGCAACUACAGCAGCGGCGCCUUCCUGUCGGGGAGCGCCACGCUCUUCGUCGUGACCCUGUCGGGAGGCGGCAACGCGCGCCAGCCGACCGGCCACGUCACCAAGGCCAUCCCUGUCGCCACGCAGCUGAUGAACGGCCUCGCGUCGCUGCCCGCCCACCCGCACCUCGUACUGGCUGCCGACUCGACCGGCGCCCGCGUCCUGCGCAUCAACACAGCCACCGGCGCCACCGACGUCGUGUGGGCCGACGCCGCCGCGCUCGGCGCCCCGGCCGGUGCAGAGCUGCCGCUCGGCGUCAACGGCAUCCGCGUCCAGGGCGCCUGGCUGUACUUGACAAACUCGGCGCGCGGCUUCUUUGGGCGCGUGCCCAUCGACGCCAAGGGCAACGUCGUCGGCGCCCUGCACGUCAUCCGCGCUCUCACUGGCGCCAUCGGGCUGAGCAACGCCUACGACGACUUUGCUGUCGACGCCGCCGGCAAUGCCUAUGUCGCACUGCACCAUUCGUCCGUCGUCAAGAUCACUCCAGCUGGUGUGCAGACUCUGAUUGCUGGUGGCGAGGGCGUGGCGACUGUCGUCGCCGCGCCCACGGCCGUGCAGCUUUCGCUGGACGGGUGCGAGCUGUUUGUCACUCAGGCGGGGAACACUACGGGCACCGGUGGACACGGAGGACUGCUGAAGAUUAGGCUUUGA